AAAGGUGGCAAGCAAAGCGCCCACUGGUUUCGCUGCAGUGAUUCGAGAUCUCAAAGAUAGUUGCUUGCUCGGAUAUCAAGCCAAUCUGUAAGGUCAGGCUGUGCCUGCCAAUGAACAUGAAGAGAACAAUUGUGUUCCUUUACAUUGUUGCAACUGUUGCGGCAGCCCCACUAUUGCAGCAUGCUCAAGACACUAACAAUACUAUUGGACAAAAUCAGAUUGCGUCAAGUACAGGUCAAAACAGAGAGCAUGUUGGCACAGAAAACUAUGGGAACUUUUAUGAAACUGAAAAUCAUGGAAGGAACCUUGUAAAUACCAAUUGCAUCACAAGAGGAGAUAGUACUGUUGGCCUUGAAGACUGUAAACCAGCAGAAGCUCUCUCCAAUGCCAAUGUAACCAACAGAGAUGCUCAUUCUGUGAAUUCUAUUGGAAAUGGGCUUGGUGAAGCUGAGACUAACCCUAGUAAUGUAAGACCAAGAGAAGGUAAAGAAGACUUGUCUGCUGAGACAAGUAUUAUUGGAAGGGAAACUGUGAAAGACAACUUAGAAAACAGGGAUGUUGGUGGCAAUGAAUGGAAUACCAACAACACAGCCCAGGAAGACAUUUCUGGACUUGUUCAAAAUGAUGUGAGCAACCAUGAAGAAAAUGCAAACAUCAUUAAACCAGUUGAGGAAGGAUAUAUUGAUGUUACAGGAUAUCAGAGCAGUCAAGUUCAGAGUCUAAACAGCACAGAUGGAUAUUGGCAUAUAAGUACGGGGCUUCAGAAUAUCUCUGAGGGAAGAUCAGUUCAAGAAGAAAGUACAAACUGGACAGACAUCCUCGAAGGUGGCAGUGGUAUUGAUGGAAACACAGAUGAAGAAGGCUCCAGUGAUGGCUUGGGAACUGGACAAUCAGGAGGAACAGUGAUUCUUGGAGAAAAUGAGAGUGAAAAACAUAGUAAUGGGAGCAGUGGUCCAAGUUGUGAUAACAUUCCAAAUGGGGGAAGAGAGGGCAAAAGAGGCAACAUGAAUAAUUCUCUCAAUACCCAAGAUGAUGAAAACAUGAGCACAGGAAAUGCAAAUUUAUGCCUUGAAAAGAAAAGAGACGAGGGCCUGGAAAGUAACAGUACAGCUGUAAACAAUGACACUGUAGGUAAUGGCAAUGUGGAUGAAACUGGAAAUAAUACAAUCCCUGACAACAGAAUGCCCACAGAUGGGCUUAAUAAUACGACCAGCUCUGAAGAGGCCAGCAGGCAGAGGACUGAAGUCAGGGAAGAUCAAGCAAACAGCAGUGGUGCUAAAGAUAACAGUGAAAGUGAAAGCAACUCUGUUUAUAGUGUGAGUGAUGAGCUCAUGCAAGGGGAUGAACCCAAUGAAAGCCAAGUCUCUGAGAACAGCAGCCAGCAAGAUCUCUCUGCUGAUGCAAGCAAUGAGGAACACUCAGAAGACACAUCUCAGGGAGAGGGGAACCAAAGUACUGAAGAAAAUGAGAGUGAGAUGUCUGAGAGCAAUGGGCAAGACAGUAACAGUCAACCAGAGAGUGGUGAGGAUGGCAAUGAGUCUGGUGGCCAGGCAGUUAGCAGUGAGAGUGGCAGCCAACCAGACAGCAGCCCAGAUCAAUCUGGAAGCAGCAGUGAGAGUGACAGUAAUUCUGAGAGCAGCAGUGAGAGUGACAGUGAUUCUGAGAGUAGCAGUGAGAGUGACGGUGAUUCUGAGAGCAACAGUGAGAGUGACGGUGAUUCUGAGAGCAGCAGUGAGAGCAAAAGUAAUUCUGAGAGCAGCAGUGAGAGUGACAGUGAUUCUGAGAGCAGCAGUGAGAGUGACAGUGAUUCUGAGAGCAGCAGUGAGAGUGACAGUGAUUCUGAGAGCAGCAGUGAGAGUGACAGUGAUUCUGAGAGCAGCAGUGAGAGUGACAGUGAUUCUGAGAGCAGCAGUGAGAGUGACAGUGAUUCUGAGAGCAGCAGUGAGAGUGACAGUGAUUCUGAGAGCAGCAGUGAGAGUGACAGUGAUUCUGAGAGCAGCAGUGAGAGUGACAGUGAUUCUGAGAGCAGCAGUGAGAGUGACAGUGAUUCUGAGAGCAGCAGUGAGAGUGAAAAUAGCAGUAGCAGUGAGAGUGAUGGGGAAUCUGAGAGUAGCAGUGAGAGUGAAAGCAGCAGCAGCGAAAGCAGCAGCAGCGAGAGUGAAAGCAGCAGCAGCGAAAGCAGCAGUAGUGAGAGCGAAAGCAAUUCUGAUAGCAGCAGUGAGAGUGAGAAUGAUAGCAGCAGCAGCGAAAGUGAGAGUGAAUCCGACAGCAGCAAUGAAAGUGAAUCUGAGAACGGCAAAGAAAAUGACAGCCAAGCUGGUAGCAGUGAAAAUGAGACCAAUUCAGAGACUGAAAGUGAGGGGGAAGAUGAGCCAGCAAGCAACGAGAGUGAAAAUAGUUCAGCAAAUCAAUCCAAUGAUACUGUCAGCAACAGUGCUGCUGAUACUAGUGAUGAUGAAUCCACAGGAAGUGAGGCGAGUGACAGCAGGGUUCAGUCUGAAGCCAUGGACAAUGAAAAUGAUUCCAUAAGUGAAGGCAGUGAGAGCAAUGACUUGACCAGUGAUUACUAACCUAAAGGGAAGAAAGACCAAAUGAAUCCACCUUACAGCAAUGAUGGCAGAGAAUGGGUGAACAAGUGAAUAUAUAGGAGCAAAGAUAAUAUUCUUAAGCACAUGACUCCACAAAAAUAAGGUCAAAGUGGUUUAAGAAAAACACUAGGUGAAAAGGUGCAAUUUUAGUCCCAUUUUGUCCUGAAUGAUGGAAUAUAAAUUUAAUACAUAAAUAAAACAUAUGAGCAGUAACAUUUUCAAGUACAGUGUUCCCUCACCUAUCUCAGGGGUUACGUUCCAGGCCCACCCGCAAUAAGUGAAAAUCCGCGAAGUAGGGACACUAUAUUUAUUUUAAUAUUUAUACAUUAUUUUAGUAGUUAUACACUAUUUUAAGUCUUUAUCAACCAAUUGUGUGUUGACAAAUCGCCUCCUUUUCCUCUUGUCGCUUGGGCUCCUUUUCUCUCCCUUCGGCUUCUCCUUCCUCCUUUCCUUAGGCUGUAAAUUGUAAUUUAUUUACGAUUUAUAAUAUUCUUUUAUAGUUUAUUGAAAAAUCGCGAAACAGCAAAUCCGUGAAAAGUGAACCACGAAGUAGUGAGGGAACACUGUACUAUAAUUUGUUUUAGCAUUAAAUUAAAUUAAAUUUUUGUGCAAUGGAUACAUGAUUGUUGAUAAGCAGAGGUCACACAACCCCAAUAUUUAAUAUACAAUUUCAUACACCAAAGAUCAAGAUUGUUUGAUGGCUUGCAUGUAUGAAUGAGCCAUUGUGAAAUGCCUGGUAAAAUCGCAUUCUUCUGUCGUCUUUGCACCCUUCUUUAACAUUGUGGUCCCAACAUUAUACUCCUAAAAUCAAUGUGCCCCAUGUGUAAAUUGUAAAAUAAAUUAUUAUUUUUUCACUUUGUCAUAUGAUUUUUUCCCUUUAAAAAAGAAGUUGAUUUGGUUUCUACUCUGUCUUGAAAAUAAAACAAACAUUUGAUACAA